CGCUCGCUGCUGCGCAUGCGCCGUGGCCACCUUCUUCUCCCCCCCUCCCCAUUCGGCGAAAUUUCGAGCAGGGCCGCGGACGUCGCCAUUUUGUCGGACCACCGACCCGACAGGACGCCGGCGUGCUCGCGAGGAGGAGCGGCGACGGCAACGGAGACGAGCGGGGCCCCGGCCAUGGCGACCUCCUGGCAGGACGAGGACGAGGAGUUGAAGGCGGGCGGGGCCAAGGGCCUCGGCAACCGGCCCAGGUUCUCCUUCUCCGAGAUCAAGAUGCUGCUGCAGCAAGUCCGCAGGAACAGAUACAUCCUCCUCAGGAAGUUUAAUCACGGCGUGUCGGCAGAGGCCAAGAAACAAAAGUGGGCCGAGAUCACCGAUCAGAUCAACGGUCUGGGACAGAACCACAGAGAGGUGCGGCAAAUCAUGAAGAAAUGGGCGGACCUGAAAUGCGACGGCAAGCGUCGGCUGGCCCUCCUGCGCGCUCCCAACGGCUCGGCGGGGAGGAGGAAGAGGAAGUCCCUGGACUCGGUGGAGAAGAUGGUCCACGGCAUCCUGCUGAUGAGUCCCACGGGAGACGUUCUCAGCGACGCGGACGACCAAGACGAAGGCUCCGAGUCCACCGCGGCGGGCGGCAAGAAGGCCGACGGCUGCUACUCGUCCCUGGACACCGCCAACAGCUCGCUCUCGCUUCCCGGGGGGCUUUGCCUGGACUUCUCGCCCCUCUCGUCGCCCGACAAGGAGCUGAGCGGAGACCCCUUCCACUCGUCAGACGACGACGCGGGUGAGAGCCUUUCGCCGGGAAACCUUUGGCUCGCGGGCUAACGUCUUCCCCGCUUUUCCGGGCACGAGAAUCGCUCGCUCGCGGGCCU